AUGCCAAGAAAAAAGAUUAGACUUACAUUGGUGGCGAAUGAAAACAAAAGAGCAACAAGCUUGAGGAAAAGGAAGCUAGGGCUGGUGAAGAAGGUAAGAGAGCUAACCAUACUGUGUGAUGUAAAGGCUUGUCUGAUCAUCUUCAGCCCGAACGACGCUGAGCCAAUGGUGUGGCCAUCUGUUGAGGCGGCUCGUGAUCUCCUAGACGAUUAUUUUGCCUUACCAGAAUUCGAGAAGAAGCAGAACGAGACGACCCUUGAGUCAUACCUAAAGGAGAAGACAAGGAAGGUUCAUGAGCAACUGACGGAGAUCAAGAAGAAGAACACGGAGCAAGUGAUAGACCAGUUGAUGGUGCAGCUAAGCAGUGGUCGUAGAAUGGAUGAUCUUAACUUGAGUGAGAUUUAUCAAUUGCUUUCUUUCUUAAAGGGUGCGAUAAUGAAUUUUAGGAAGAGGCUCAGUUUCUUGCAGCAACCUCCUCUUUAUGAUCCACCCAUGCAUCCAUUUGAGACGCAAUCCGAGGAGCUAAUUAGGACCAACGCGAAUGAUGUUUUCAUGGUGGGAAGCGGUCAGGAUUAUGAGAGAGCUGAAAAUACUGAUGAAGGAGACAAAGUGCUUAGCAUUGGUACUGUAAGGGAAAAUCAAAGUUAUUACUUGAUGGAUAAAUGGGUUUGA